GUUUUUUUUUUAUUUCUCGUGAUAAUCUCAUUGCGACUCUCGCAUCCCUCGUGCCACUCUUCUUAAGCUCGUGUUACGCUUCUGGAAAAUUUCCCGCCAUGUUUCGUACCACCGCCAUCAAGGCGACCAGCGGCGGCAUGCUGCGCGGUCCUGCCUGCUCCGCCUGCCGGAGGUCUCUCUCCCUCACUUCUACCGCCAGAGCUGCCUCUGCCCGCUCCUCAAAACUGGGUCUGACCACCAGACGCCCUCUCGCCAUCGUCGAUCGCCUGUCCAACAGCAAGCGCUAUGCCUCGUCCGCGGAGGGCACGGGUGUGGACGCCAAUGACUCGUUCCUCUCGGGCAACACCGCCAACUACAUCGACGAGAUGUACCUCGCCUGGAAGAAGGAUCCCUCCAGCGUCCACAUCUCGUGGCAGACGUAUUUCAAGAACAUGGAGGAUGGCAAGAUGCCCGUCUCCCAGGCCUUCCAGCCCCCUCCCACCCUCGUCCCCACCCCCACUGGCGGUGUCCCCCAGGAGAUGCCUGGUGCGGGUCUGUCGUUCGCGGCCGGGACCGACGUCACGAAUCACCUGAAGGUGCAGCUCCUGGUUCGCGCCUACCAGGCUCGUGGCCACCACAAGGCCAAGAUCGACCCCCUGGGCAUCCGCGGCGAGGCCGAGGCGUUCGGCUACAACAAGCCCAAGGAGCUCGAGCUCGACCACUACGGCUUCACCGAGCGCGAUCUGGACGAGGAGUUCACCCUCGGACCCGGUAUCCUCCCCCGCUUCGCCACCGAGGAGCGCAAGAAGAUGUCCCUGCGCGAGAUCAUUGCCACCUGCGAGAAGAUCUACUGCGGCUCCUACGGUGUGGAGUACAUCCACAUCCCCGACCGCAAGCCUUGCGACUGGAUCCGCGACCGCUUCGAGAUCCCCGAGCCCUACAAGUACUCCGUCGACGACAAGCGCCGCAUCCUCGACCGCCUGAUCUGGUCUCACAGCUUCGAGUCCUUCCUGGCCACCAAGUUCCCCAACGACAAGCGUUUCGGUCUGGAGGGUUGUGAGACCCUGGUGCCCGGUAUGAAGGCCCUGAUCGACCGCAGUGUCGACUACGGCAUCAAGGACAUCGUCAUCGGUAUGCCCCACCGUGGUCGUCUGAACGUCCUCUCCAACGUCGUCCGCAAGCCCAACGAGUCCAUCUUCAGCGAGUUCGCCGGCUCCACCGAGCCCUCCGACGAGGGUUCCGGUGACGUCAAGUACCACCUGGGUAUGAACUUCGAGCGCCCGACCCCCUCGGGCAAGCGCGUCCAGCUCUCUCUGGUCGCCAACCCCUCCCACUUGGAGGCCGAGGACCCCGUCGUGCUCGGCAAGACCCGCUCCAUCCAGCACUACAACAAGGACGAGACCGAGUUCAACUCGGCCAUGGGUGUCCUGCUGCACGGUGAUGCCGCCUUCGCCGGCCAAGGUGUCGUCUACGAGACCAUGGGCUUCCACUCGCUCCCCGCCUACUCCACCGGCGGUACCAUCCACAUCAUCGUCAACAACCAGAUCGGUUUCACCACCGACCCCCGCUACUCGCGCUCCACCCCUUACUGCUCCGACAUUGCCAAGUCCAUUGACGCCCCUGUCUUCCACGUCAACGCGGACGACGUCGAGGCGGUCAACUACGUCUGCCAGGUCGCUGCCGACUGGCGCGCCGAGUUCAAGACCGACGUUGUCAUCGACAUCGUCUGCUACCGUAAGCAGGGUCACAAUGAGACCGAUCAGCCCUCGUUCACUCAGCCUCUGAUGUACAAGCGCAUUGCCGCGCAGAAGAGCCAGCUCGACACGUACGUCGCCAAGCUGAUCGAGGAGGGCUCCUUCACCAAGGAGGACAUCGACGAGCACAAGAAGUGGGUCUGGGGCAUGCUGAACGACAGCUUCGACCGCAGCAAGGACUACCAGCCCACCAGCAAGGAGUGGCUGACCUCCGCCUGGAACGGCUUCAAGACCCCCAAGGAGCUGGCCAACGAGGUUCUGCCUCACCUCCCCACUGGCGUGGACGGUCCUCUCCUCCAGCACGUUGGUGACAAGAUCAGCGGCGGUCCGGACGGCUUCACCCUCCACCGCAACCUCAAGCGUAUCUUGUCCAACCGCAAGAAGUCUGUCGACGAGGGCAAGAACAUCGACUGGGCGACCGCCGAGGCUCUUGCCUUCGGUUCCCUCGUCAACGAGGGCUACCACGUGCGUAUCUCCGGUCAGGACGUCGAGCGUGGUACCUUCUCUCAGCGCCACGCCGUUCUGCACGACCAGGAGAACGAGGCCACCUACACUCCCCUCCAGAACAUCUCGGAGAAGCAGGGCAGCUUUGUCAUCUCCAACUCCUCCCUGAGCGAAUUCGGAGCUCUCGGUUUCGAAUACGGCUACUCCCUGACCUCCCCCAACGCUCUUGUCAUGUGGGAGGCCCAGUUCGGUGACUUCGCCAACAACGCGCAGUGCAUCAUCGAUCAGUUCAUCGCUGCCGGUGAGUCGAAGUGGCUGCAGCGUUCCGGCCUGGUCGUGUCCCUGCCCCACGGUUACGAUGGCCAGGGUCCCGAGCACUCCUCCGGCAGAAUGGAGCGUUGGCUGCAGCUCUGUAACGAGGAGCCCCGCCUCUUCCCCUCCGGCGACAAGCUCGACCGCCAGCACCAGGACUGCAACAUGCAGAUCGCCUGCAUGACGGAUCCCGCCAACCUGUUCCACAUCCUGCGUCGCCAGAUCCACCGCCAGUUCCGCAAGCCCCUGGUGCUCUUCUUCUCCAAGUCUCUCCUGCGUCACCCGAUCGCUCGCUCCGACAUUGAGAACUUCACCGGCGACUCCCACUUCCGCUGGAUCAUCCCCGAUGAUGCCCACGGCAAGGAGAUCGACGAGCCCGAGAAGAUCGAGCGUGUCAUCCUGUGCUCGGGCCAGGUGUACGCCGCCCUGCUGAAGCACCGUGAGACCAACAACAUCCGCAACACGGCCAUCACCCGUGUCGAGCAGCUGCACCCCUUCCCCUGGGCCCAGCUGAAGGAGAACCUGGACAGCUACCCCAACGCCCGCAACAUCGUGUGGGCCCAGGAGGAGCCCCUGAACGCCGGCGCCUGGAGCUACACCCAGCCCCGCAUCGAGACCCUGCUCAACGCCACCGAGCACCACAACCGCCGCCACGUGCUGUACGCCGGUCGCGCCCCCAGCGCCUCCGUCGCCACCGGUCUCAAGUCCGUCCACUUGAAGGAGGAGCAGGAGUUCCUGGAGGACGCCUUCACCGUGCACCAGGACCGUCUUAAGGGCGAGUAAUCGCGUUGAAUCGUCUUGGUUGUGAUUGUGGUUGUGGUUAGGUCGUUGGUUGGGUUUGGGAGCUAGCGUCUACUCGUUUCAUUCCGGUCGUCCGGUCUGCUCUUCUUUUGUAUGAUUUUUCUUUGUCUAAGCAUAGUGUACAAUGCCGAUACAGUCAUGCGUGGUUUACUUUGGUCUUGGUCUUGAAUUUGGUCCUGGUCCUGGUCCUGGUCCUGGUCCUGGUCUUGGUCUCUGUUGGCUAUAUAUCUCUUCCAUCUCUGCCUCCACCUUUGCCUCUGCCUCCGCCAUAUAUACCUACCUACCUGCAUUGCAUGUGCUUGUGCACUCGUGUAAAUUAAGAUUUGUUGGAAGACUAUUGAUUAUUUCAGUUCGGG